ACCCCGAAUUAUAGAAUGUUAAAACAUUAAAACUAAUUAAAAUCCUAUUGAAAUCCUAUGCCAGUCCUGCGCGAACAAACAAAUAGGUCUUCAGCUCUCGGCGGAAAGUCCAAAGUCCAGAGUCCAGGGGGAAGUUCGUUCCAAAGGGUGGGAGCCCCCACAGAGAAGACCCUCCCCCUGGGGGCCGCCAACCGACAUUGCUUGGCGGACGGCACCCUAAGGAAUCCCUCUGUGCAAGCGUGCAGGUCGGUGGGAGGUAUUCGGCAACAGCAGGCGGUCCCGUAAGUACCCUGGCCCUAAGCCAUGGAGCGCUUUAAAGGUAGUCACCAACACCUUGAAGUGCACCCGAAAGAUCACAGGUAGCCAGUGCAGACUGCGCAGGAGAGGUGUUACAUGGGAGCAACGUGUGGCUCCCACUAUCACCCGCGCAGCUGCAUUCUGAACCAACUGGAGCCUCCGGGUACUCUUCAAGGGGAGCCCCAUGUAGAGAGCAUUAGGAGAAACCCUUCCAUACUUCCACCUCUCACAAUACUAGACAACACAGUAUCAACAGUAGAAACCUUUAAAUUUCUAGGUUCUAUCAUAUCGCAAGAUCUAAAAUGGACAGCUAACAUCAAAAACAUCACACAGAAUUCUCGGCUCAGGCUGCAAUUGCCCGCCCCCCAGGGCAGCUGGAUCCAAGUGGCUGACAAAACACAGAUUUCUAGCAAUAAUCUCCUAGCAGGUGGGGAGGGUGGGGCACCAUCCUAGUUUUCUGGCACAGCUGCUCUCUGGAGACAGGAUAUGGAGCACAUUUCCUGGGGAGAUCAAGGAAGUUCAAGGAAGCUCCUUCCAAGCCUGAAAGAGCUGCCAUGCCUCUGCACUGCCUCCUGUUGCUACUGCCCUGGCUGGGCACAGCCUCUGUGGCUGCCCAAAUCCCUGCGUGCAAGAUGAGAAUCACAGACAAGGGCCUGGCGCUGGUGAAGCAGGAGGGUCUACGCUUCGUGGAGCAGGAGCUGGAGAGCAUCUCUAUCCCUGAUCUGCAUGGCAAGCAGGGCCGGUUCCACUACAACAUCAGCAACGUGAAGGUGACUCACCUGCAGCUGAACUUCUCUGAGCUCCACUUCCAACCGGAGCAGCACCUGGCCUUCCGGAUCAACAACGGCUCCAUUGGGGUGCGAUUCCGGCGGCAGCUGCUUUACUGGUUCUUCUAUGACAUUGGCUCCAUCAAGACGUGGGCCGAGGGGGUCAACAUCCACACCCUGCUGAGGCUCUCCAGGGACCAGGGGGGGCGCCUCAAGAUCGCCAACAUGAGCUGCCACGCCUCCAUCGCCCGGAUGCACGCUGGAUUCAGUGGCACCCUCCGGAAGGUCUAUGAAUUCGUGGCCAAACUCAUCACCACAGGGAUGCGCUACCUAAUCAGUCAACAGAUCUGCCCUGCGCUCAACCAUGCUGGGCUGGUGCUACUCAACUCCCUGCUGGACACAGUGCCCGUGCGCAAUCCUGUGGACGAAUACGUGGGCAGCGACUACUCCCUACUCAAUGACCCCCAUGUCACCCCGGAGAACAUAGACCUGGAUUUCAAGGGCAUGUUCUUCCCUCUGCAAAACGAGAACGAGACCCUGCCCAACCUGGCCCCGGAGCCCCUCCUGAGGGAGACGGAGCGGAUGGUCUACAUGGGGCUCUCGGAGUACUUCUUCGACUCCGCCCUCUUCUCCUACUACCAGGCGGAGGUCCUGAAUAUGGAGUUUGCAGGGGAUGAGGUGCCAAAGGAUUUGCAAGUUUUGCUGAGAGCCUCUUUCUUCGGAAGCAUCAUGCUGUUGAACCCCGAGGUGGUGGAUGCGCCCCUGACCCUAAAGCUGCAGGUGACCGAAGCCCCUCGUUGCACCAUCCGGCCCUCCGGCACAUCCGUCUCCGUCUCAGCCCUGCUCAACAUCUUCUUGGCCCCCCUGAACCAGCCCCCAAUUCUGCUUUCCAGUCUGACUAUGGAAUCCCGCUUAAGUGCCAAGGUGGUGCUUCACCAUAAGGCUCUACGGGUGCAGCUGGAUCUCCGAAGGUUCCGGAUCUACUCCAGCCAGUCAGCCUUUGAAUCUUUGGCACUCCUCCCACUGCAAGCCCCCCUGAAGACUCUGCUGCAAAUGACCAUCAUGCCCUUCAUCAAUGAGAAGACCAUGAAAGGGGUCCAGAUCCCCCUCCCCGAAGGCAUGGACUUCACCAAGGAGGCCGUCAGGAGCCACUUGGGCUACCUCACCAUCGGAGCCGACCUGCAUUUCACCAAAGGGCUGCGAGAGGUCAUUGAGAAGCUCCGGGCGACACCGAGCCCUUCUCUGGCCUCCAGGGCUGCAUAGGAUCUCGUCCCUCACCUGGCCCCAACUUUACCUGCGUGCCUGAGUCAGGAGGGGCCCUCUGCUCACCUGACACAAGGCUCUUUGUAAGCCUCUGAGACAGCUGAAUAAAGAGCUACGCUGCCCAA